AUGGAGCGGGCUGCUAGCUUCGCACUGUCUUCACGUAGCAUCGAUGCUCCCAACACCUCCGGCGAUAUCAAGACAGCUGCUGUCACUGAGACAGGUGGAAGGACUGACUCGCACGCACAGAAGCCAAGCGAUGUUGAAAGCAUCGAUUCGCAACAGCCCGCCGGGCUUAAGCAGAUGGAAGCCAUCACCCUGACCUGGUCGAAGAAGUGGCUCGUCACUGCUUACUGCUUGAUCUGGCUUAUCUCCUUCACAAACUCCCUUCAACAGCAAAGCAACUACUCCUGGACCCCCUACGUCACAAGCGAGUUUGCCCUUCACGGACUGACCGGCAUCACCGGCAUCGUCGCCAACCUCAUCGGCGGUGUCUCCAAGCUACCACUCGCCAAGUUUAUCGAUCUCGUCGGCCGUCCCCACGGCUUCUUCAUCUGCCUUAUCUGUGUCCUUCUAUCCCUCAUCAUGAUGGGCGUCUGCCAGAACGUUCAAACCUACGCUGCUGCUCAGGUUUUCUAUUGGACUGGUAUGAACGGCAUGGACUAUGUUCUCGAUGUCUUCAUUGCGGAUACCUCGGACCUGAGGAAUCGUGCUAUCUGGCUGGCUUUCACGUCGACCCCGUACAUUGUUAAUACCUUUGCUGGCCCUGAGCUCGGUCAGCGCUUUUUGGACAACUCCACCUGGCGAUGGGGAUAUGGCGCGUUCACGAUCAUUACGCCGUUCAUGUGCAUCCCAUUCUGGCUCAUCUUUUAUCUGAUGAAUAGGCGCGCUAAGCAGCAAGGCGUCGCUGUGACGGAGAAGAGUGGCAAGACUUUCUUGCAGUCUGUCAAAUACUACUGUAUCGAGUUUGAUGUAAUCGGCCUGCUUCUCAUCUGCGGUGGCUUCUCCAUCUUCCUCCUGCCCUUCAGUCUCGCAGCCUACCAAGGCGAAGGCUGGCGCGCCCCCAUGAUCAUCUGCAUGAUCGUCUUCGGUCUCAUCCUACUCGGGCUCUUCGCAGCAUGGGAGCGCUUCUGGGCCCCCAAAACAUUCUUCCCUUUCCACCUCCUAACCGACCGUUCCGUCGUCGCCGCCUGCUUCCUCGGCGCCAACUCCUGGAUCGCCUUCUACUCGUACAAAAUGUACUACUCCUCCUACCUCCAAGUAGUCUUCGGUCUCUCAGUCGCAAAAGCCGGCUACAUAACCAACAUCUUCAACAUCGUCUCCUGCGCCUGGGGCGUAAUCUUCGCCUUCGCCAUCCGCUACACCGACCGCUACAAAUGGGCCGCCAUCGUCGCCCUGCCCAUCCAGGUCCUCAUGACGGGCCUGAUGAUCCAUUUCCGCCAGCCUGGCACGCGCAUCGGCUUGCUCGUCAUGGUCGAAGUCUUCGGCGCCAUGUGCGGCGCCAUGAUGGUCGCGGUCGAGCAACUCGCCGUCAUGGCCGCGGUGCCGCAUGAGAACGUCGCUGUGGGACUGGCGUUGUUGGCGAUGGUUACGAGUAUUGGGGGUAGUGUCGGACAGACGGUUAGUACGGCUAUUUGGACGCAGACUGUGUCGAGGAAGAUCGUCGAGUAUUUGCCUGCUGAGCUCAAGGCUCAGGGACCGACGAUCUAUGCCAGUCUGGUCACGCAGCUGAGCUUUCCCUGGGACAGCCCUGAGCGGCAGGCGGUGGUGAGGGCAUAUGGCGAUGCACAGAGGUUGAUGGUUAUUGUGGGGACUUGUGCGCUUGUACCUUGUAUUCUCUGGGUGGCGAUGUUGAAGGACUACAAGUUGAGCGAGAGGGGGGCUAGGAAGGGGUUGGUCCUGUAG